AAGCGGGUCGGCCCGGAGGGGGCCACCGUGCGUGGGGGACCCACAAUCUCGCCUCGGGAGAGAGAGAGAGAGAGCCAUGGGGUCGGCGGCGCUGGAGAUCCUCGGCUUGGUGCUGUGCCUGGUGGGAUGGGUGGGCUUGAUCCUGGCGUGCGGGCUGCCCAUGUGGCAGGUGACGGCUUUCCUGGACCACAACAUCGUGACGGCGCAGGCCCUGUGGCGCGGGCUGUGGAUGACGUGCGUGGUGCAAAGCACCGGGCAGAUGCAAUGCAAGGUGUACGACUCGGUGCUGGCCCUGAACCCCGAAGUGCAGGCGGCCCGGGCGCUCACCGUGGGCGCCGUGCUGCUGGCACUGGUGGCCCUUUUCCUGAGCCUGGUGGGCGCGCAAUGCACCAACUGCGUGUCCCCGGGCCCCGUCAAGGCGCGCGUGGCUUUCACGGGCGGUGCGCUCUACGCGCUGUGCGGGCUGCUGGCCCUGGUGCCCCUGUGCUGGUUUGCCAACAUCGUGGUCCGCGAGUUCUACGACCCCUCCAUCCCCAUGUCGCAGAAGUACGAGCUGGGAGCCGCCCUGUACAUCGGCUGGGCCGCCUCGGCGCUGCUCAUGUGCGGCGGCGGCCUCAUGUGCUGCGUGGCUUGGGUCUACGGGAACCAGCAGGACCUCAGUUUCCCCGUGAAGUAUUCCGCGCAGCCCCGACGGCCUGCUGCUAGCAGCGGUGACUAUGACAAGAAGAACUAUGUCUGAGGGUU